UCCCUCCCUCCCUGCACAGCUCAACCGCCACCUCGACGACUCAUCUCUCCUCGUCAUCCUUCUCCUCCUCCUCAUCUCUCCCUCGUCUCUUCCUCAUCUCUCUCCCUCACUCACAAUGUACGGCAGCAGCGGCGGCAGCAGCAGCAGCGAGGAGCGCGCAAACCAGGUCGCCCGCUUCUUCACCUCCAUUGCAGACGUCGUCUACCCCGGCAACCGCCAGGGCGACAUCGACACCGUCAAGCACCAUCUCGAGGUCGAAGCCGAGCGUCUGCGCCAGCAGCGUCUGGCCCAGGGCGUUCCACAGGCCGGUUACGUCAAGCCCGGCGCGCCAGGCUCGCAGGGCGGCUCGCCCCGUCCCAGCGGCGGUCCACCUCCGGUGCCAGCCCGCCCCGGAUCGGCGGGGCUCGGCUCACACCCAAGCUCGCCGAGCAAGCAGGCCGCGCCCCUCUCGCCUAGCGCCCCGCACACACCCCUCUCGCCACCCGCCACGACCGACACUGCGACUGGCAUCCUCGCGGCCACCUCUGCGAUGGUGGCGACGGGGCCAAUCCAGUCUCAUGCUCAGGUGGCCUUCCCCACCGCCCGUCCCACUGGAACUCCGCCUCCGCCUGAGCCCAGCACGCCGCCUGUCCAGGCUGCACCCGCGCCCGCGAGCGUACCUGCUACCGCCGCCGCGCAGCAUGCCUCGCCGCAGACCGCGUCCGCAUCCGAGUUUGGCACGCCGCGUCCCCUCGGCCGCGCGCCCGACUCGCCUCUCCUGUCGCCUGCCAGCGCGGCGAACUCUCCCUCUCCUCUGCCUAGCCCAAUCGGCCACGUGCCCGAAAGCCGCCCCCUCCCGCCGCCCGUAAGCCUCGGCACCGCCAUCGACCAGGCACAGGCAGAGGCGCAGGGUGAAGGUCCGCCCCCUUAUGUUGAGGAGGACGAGGACGCGAGCGUCGCGCCAGAGAAGGUUGGUCUCCUUACUUCUGAGGGGUCGAACAGACCUUCGGCGCCUACUCCCGCUCCAACUGCGGCAUCGGCCGCGUCGACUGCGGUACCCACGGCUUCUACUACCAACUCCGCCCCCACGCCCGCUCCUGCGGCCGCUCCCGUUGCCGCAGCUCCGACCACUGCCGCAGUUUCGGCCCCCACCUCCACUGCAGCUCCCGCCGCGCCGGUUGCACGCUCGCUCCCGGCCCUCCCGGCCACGACCACGGCGCGCGCUGCUCCUGCCCCGGCCGCCCCCGCUGCUGCUCCCACUGCCACAGCCGCCCCACCUGUGGCUGCCCCGGCUGCCGCUGCCACUGCUACCACAGCAACGGUGACAACUGCGCCUGCUGCAGCUGCCACGACGUCGGCUGCCCCCACUGUACUUGGUGACAAGCCUCCCCACCUUGACGUGAACAUGUCGGCCGGCGACUUUGAGUUCGACCUGAACAAGCUCGACGAGGCGCUUGCGAGCAUGUAACGGGAUGAUGUCGAAGAGGGGAGAGUUGAGGGCAGAAAGAGAGGCGCGAACCGGCAAAGAGCCACAUGACUGAGAGGAAUCAACACGCAAGAUACCAAACGCGACACAAACACCACCAAACAAAUUCAGCAAGCAACCCAUUCCAUUGUACAUAUCAUGUCAGGCGAUGCAGAGUGACGAGUAGUGUUCCAUCCCUUGCGUCG